AUGUCCUCCAAGCCGGUGGCAUCAACGCUGCUCUAUGCUGCCUCGUACGCUGGAGCUGUCACGAGUCUGGAUCUUCAGGCCCAGGAGGCUGGAACGACGCUGGAAGCAUUUGAUUCAACCACCGCGUGCGCGCCAAAUCCUUCGUGGCUCACUUUGUACCAGGCAAGAUCCCUCCUUUGCUGCGCAGAUAGAGACCUCACUAAUCUCACCACCACCAUUUAUUCUUUCCGAGACAACAACAAGGGGUCCUUUAUACCUCUAAACAGCCGCUCAAUUAUCAACCGAGCCGUGAGCUCAGUUUUGGACCUACGCCCCUUCUUUCUUGUCUUGGCCGAGCUCUGUAACAUCGUCGCCGCUUACGAGGUCAAUCCAACUGCAACCAACGUUGAGCUUCGAAGAAGUGUUCUCGGUUGGGACCCACGUGCCGGGUAA